GCGGCGGGCUGGCUGGGGAAAGAGUCACACCGUUGCCGCGGUCGGCUAUCAGUUUCCAGCAGCGGCAGCGGUGGCAGCCGGUGGGAGCCGUGAUGGCAUGCGCUGCUCCGACGGAUUCAACGGUCAACUUCACACUUGAGGACAACAAAACGGGAGAUCCGGUUUGAGUCCCGGGAUUAACGUUAUGUCCGGAGCUUCUUGUGCUGGUGUGGAGAAAAGUUUAUCAGAAGUAGGGCUACACUUACACCGGCGGGGGUAAUAUGGUCCCUUGCUCGAAUGGUAGCGAGGGCUGCUGGGUAAUCUUUGCGCUCUGGAAAGCAGAGAUUAAAAUCUCAGAUUACAAGAGGAGAGGAGAGAGAAGAGGAGGGAUUACAACUUUAUUUUAUUUAUUUUAAUGAGUCCCAAACUGCACGCAGAGCGCAGCAGUAGCGAUGUCAACAUCCUCAGCAUCCCGGUGCCCAUUCGUCGUGGCGGCUCCGAGUCCAACCUGGACGUGGUGGACAGUGUCGGAGAUGACGGAGUCGGCUUGGAUUUUACCAAAGGAGCUCUGGGUAUUGACAGCCUGCAGCAGAAGAUUCUAAAGGUGACGGAGCAAAUUAAGGUGGAGCAGACGGCUCGCGACCAGAAUGUCGCAGAGUACCUGAAGCUGGUGAACAAUGCCGACAAGCAGCAGGUAGGACGAAUACGUCAGGUGUUUGAAAAGAAGAACCAGAAGUCUGCGCACACCAUUGCCCGGCUGCAGCGGAAGCUGGAGCAGUACCACCGCCGCGUGAAGGACAACGAGACCAACGGGAAACACAACCACAAGGAUGGCAGCAGCAAGGAGUCUGGGACUCACAGCAAGGAGGGCAGCCUGCGGGACGUCAGCGCCACCGGACGGCACCCGGCACUGGAUAAAGUUAAAACAAUUGGGCCUGGGGUGUCGCUCUCACCACCGUUCUUCUUCAACAAGUCGCGGGAGUUUGCCAACCUUAUCAGGAACAAGUUUGGCAGCGCCGACAACAUCGCCCACCUCAAGAGCUCCAUGGAGACGGGAUCAGGGCUGCAUGUGGAUGGCGGGGCAAGGGGUCUGAGCGGGAGCGCCACCACAGUUGCCAAAGCGACCAAGUACCAGAGCGACGACGAGUGCUCCACGGGGACGUCUGCAUCCGGUGACUCAAACGGGAACCUGGCCGGCGGCUCGGGGGCGGGCUCCGGAGGUCCGGGGAGGUCAGACUCCAAUGGGCGGCUGGGUGAGGUGCUAGACAUGGUGCGGGAGAUCAGGGAGGCUCAGGCACAGCUGGCAGACGACAUGGAGAAUCUCAACUCCCAGUUCAAACGAGAUUACAGCUACUUCACACAGAUGAUGCAGGAGGAGAGAUACAGGUAUGAGCGGUUGGAGGACCAGUUAAAUGACCUGACAGAGCUCCACCAGCACGAAACCAGUGAUCUGAAGCAGGAACUGGCCAGCAUUGAAGAGAAGGUGGCCUACCAGGCCUACGAGCGUGCCAGGGACAUACAGGAGGUCCUGGAGUCGUGCCAGACUCGUGUGUCCAAACUGGAGCUCCAGCAGCAGCAGCAACAGACCGUUCAGGUGGAAAACACCGACGCCAAGGUGCUUCUGGGGAAAUGCAUCAACAUCAUGCUGGCCAUCGUCACUGUGAUCUUGGUGUGCGUUUCCACGGCGGCCAAGUUCACUGCCCCGCUGCUGCGUAGCCGCCUCCACUUGGUGCUCACCUGCGUGGGCGUUUCCGUGUUAGCACUGCUGUGGAAGAACUGGGAACAUUUACAGUGUGCUUUGGAACGACUGGUCCUACCGCACUGAUCGAGGAGUACAAACGAGUCCUGAUAUCUUUUGCUGUUCCUGGGCCCGGGUCUCCGUAAGGGGACCGGGGAGGAGUUUACAUGUAGCCUUACACCAGCCCUAGUUCCCCGGUGAUAUUAAGGCUUCGUGGUGACUUGAUUUAUGGCUUUGCAUGUCUAAAUGUGGGGUUCCACACAAAGCAUUUCCCAGAAAUCAUCUCCACAGUGGUUACUACAAACAUCACUCACAGAUGUAAGCUGACAAUAAGUUAUCACAACUGACCAGAACUGUGACAACACUCUAAUAAUGUGCUGUCUACAAGGCUGAAACAUAUAAAGGUGGCACAAACUUGACACAACAGUGUAUCACUACAUCAGACCAAAAAGAGAUGAAUCAGCUGGAAUUGAUCAGAUGCCCCCUCUCAUCUGUCAGAACAGACACUAACAUCUAAAUAUAAGAGGAGUGGGCCCUUUAUUGAGGGCGGGGAAAUACAGUGGUUAUUUCCUCUCCUUAAAGGGAAGUGUAUCUGUUACAGCAGCACCUCACACCUCUAAACUAACAUUUCCUGGCAGUACUGGGCCAGUCGAUCAGUCGUGAACCCGCACAGUUCGCCUCCUUGUACACCAGCCGGCCAGCUGUGACAACACAAAGACACAUCCACCUAAAGGUUGAUUUGUACCGUGUGUCUGUACUUAACUGUUUCUGUAUUUAUGUGAUGUUUUUCUCGUCAUCGUCUCAUUCAAAAGGACGUUUUUUUGAAGCUGUUGUUUUAAACUGUGUGGGUGUGUUUGUGUGUCUGAGUACGCCUGCUUUUGUGUGUCUCUAUUGUCUUUCUUAAGACAUUGUUUUACAUUUUGUGAAAUAUUCGCUUUCUUGGUGAAAGUAAGGUGACAAGAUUGACGCUAGUCAUUUUCUGUACAGUAAAUAUGAAGCUAGAGGAAGGAGACGAUUAGCUUAGCAUAGCUUAGCUUAGCAUAACAUGUGCAAACAAGGGGAAGCAGCUAGCCUGGUUCUAAGGUAUCAAAAUCCACCUACUAGCACCUGUAAAGAUUACUAAUUAACACAAUAUAUAUAUAUAUUGUUUAAUCUAUUCAAAAACCAUGUGCAUGUAUGGGGGUUAUGUGUGAACAACUAAUUCUUGGAUAGAGGCAUUGCACCCCUUUGUUUCCUAUCUUUGAGCUAAGCUAAGUUAACCGCGCACUGGCUUCAUAUUUUCCAAAUGUGAGAGUGGUACUGAUCUUCUCAUCUAACUCUUUGCAAGACAGCUUAUAAGCAUAUUUCCAAAAAUGUCCCAAAACUAUUCUUUUUAAAGGAAAAGCUUAUAAACUGCCUCCUGUCUUCUUAAUUUAACGCUUUGGGGUUUUUCGUCAUGUAAAAUCCGUUUUAUGUUUGUUGGAUAACAGUUGCUUCUCACAGCUAUUUGAGAAAUAAACUUGGUCCGUGAGUUGACGUGCUAUACUCAGUUCCAAAGACUGCAGCUUUAGCAUCGACCAGCUAGCAUGUAAACUGUGAGGAAGGCCUGGACGAUUAGAGAGAAGCUCUAAAAGCAUGCCUAUUUGACUGAUCCUGAAAGAUCCUGAUUUUAUUGAACUGCCUUUUUAGGAGGUGAACCGAACAAAUUGACUUUUGUUUGAAGCCUUUGAUGUUGCACUGCGUUCAUGUCCGGUGAGAAUAACAGCAGCGAUUUUCUGACAGUUCAAAGUCUUAACUUGAAACGGAUUCCCACCUGUUGAAACUUGUUUUAAGCCACGGAGAGACCGUGGGCGAUUACUGCUACUACAUUUGAAUUUCUAAUAAUAAUUCCUUUCAGUCUUUUCCACACUUGACUCUUGCACAGCUGGGAAGUGACAUACCUGAUGUCUGAAACUAGCACAGAAAGUCCUGCCCUGCCAUAUCUCUGUUUUUCAACUAAAAUACUGAAAUGUCAGUAACCGAGAAUAAUCAGGUCCCUUGCCACGUUCCCAAGCAGAAUUUACCAUUUAAAAAGUAGUAAUAUCAAUACCAAAGCAACAGUUUUUUCCAUUUGACAUGAAUGCAGCAUUACAGGUUGGACAGACGAAACUGAACAAUGUAGCUCCAAGCUUCUUAACCCUGUAUCACUGUGAUGAUGAGGGGGAUGAAGUGGGACUGAUGCCUUUGCAAUGCAGCUUAUUCCUUUUACUGUGUAACUUCUGUUUGCAUCCCUACAAAAGCCAAAUAUGGCACCUUUAGCCUUUCUGAUUAACACUAAAAUUAGAGUUUUGUUCUUUUUUGUUUUCUAGUCCCUAGCUCAUACACCUUGUCUAUCUCUAGAGACAUGCACCUCCUCUCCAAAGCUGUAUUUGUAAGUCCAUAAUGUAUAUUUUAAUAUUUCGGUCUCUUCUAUGUGAAUUACUUACUGGUUUAUGGGUUUUCCACGACAUUAUUUUUUUUCAAAUGAGAGAAUAAAUCUUUGUUUUUCUAAGAUUUCUCCUGAA